AUGUGGCGAACAACUUCUCAUGCCGCGAUUGCGGCGGCGUUCUUGUUCUCUGUCGCAAGCGCAAUCCCUCACGGAGAUGACGGCUCGAUGGACAUGGACAUGGACAUGGGCAUGCAUAUGAAUAGCACGAAGCCCGAACAUCCGGCGGAGACAAGUGAUGACUCUCCGAUGAGCUAUUUCGCUUAUGGGAAGCACUCCAGUACAAUAAUCGCUCACAUCGCGCUUAUGACCAUUUCCUGGUGCUUUCUAUUGCCCGUUGCUGUCAUGCUUAGUAUCGCCCGAUCACGGUACGCGCUUGUUUCGCAAUUCUUCUUUUUGGUGUUGAAUGCGCUGGGUCUGCUCGUCGGUAUCAUUUACAACAGCCAAACUCCGGACUUCUACGAGAACAAUGCGCACCACAAGAUUGGAUGGAUCGCGACUUGGGUCAUGAGUGCGCAAGUAAUCAUGUCCUUGAUCUUUGCAUACGCAGGAAGAGGCGAGUCGGAUUCGACUUCGUAUGAACGCGCCGCCUUCCUGCCCGUGUCUACCGACGAGAUGGCCGAAAGCCCGACCACCUAUCCCACUGGCAUCCACCACGGGUAUCGCUGGUCUAGAGAUAGUGGCCAGGGAACCGAGCGAAACUCUUCCUCCUUGCACAGCCGCCCGAGCUCUCCGUCUUGCGCGUCUCCCUCGGAUGAGUACGACACCUUCGACAAACCGGAACCGGAACUUGACGUUCACGAGAAGCCUGGCCCGGCGCGGGGAUGGCUGCGCAGCACUUUUGUCGACCGCUUCUUGGCUAAUCGCGUGCCGGGAAUGGUUUCUAGCCGGGUUCUUCGAGUGCUGAAUGGCAUUUACCUAGUUGUCGACAGACUUAUUCUUCAGUUUGGUUUCGUUGCCAUUGCCACCGGUGCCGUGACCUACGGGGGUAUCAUGAGAGGAAGCGAAGUCUUCAAUGGCCUUGCUCAUUUUAUCAAAGGAGGUAUCUUCUUCUGGUAUGGUUUGUUGACUCUCGGCCGAUUCAUGGGCAGCUAUGCCGACCUCGGUUGGGCCUGGAACGUCAAGCCGUCAAGCGGAAUUGUGAGCAAGUGGAAAGCCAGAAUCCCCUCUGGGGAGUUUACCGAGUCGUUCGUGAUUUGGCUUUAUGGUGUCACCAAUGUGUUCCUCGAACAUCUUGCUGGCUGGGGAGGCGCAUGGUCCGCUACUGAUCUCGAGCACGUCUCAAUCUCCAUCCUAUUCUUCGGAGGCGGGCUGUGCGGUAUGCUUUUCGAAUCUAAGCGCGUGAAAGACCUGCUCAACUGUACCGUCUUGCGACCUGCCUCCCAGGCCACUACUCGCACUCCCGAUGCUGCCUGGAAUCUUCCCGACACCCAAAGCGUGCCCCUCAACCCGAUGCCCGCUCUUGUGAUCCUUCUCCUGGGAAGCAUGAUGGGCUCCCACCAUCAAACAAGCAUGAUUUCGACCAUGGUGCACAAGCAAUGGGGCAAUCUCCUGGUUGGUUUUUCGGUCGCCAGAGCCGUGACUUAUUUUUUGUUGUACUUGAAGCCGCCAACCUCGUACUUGCCUGCUCGUCCUCCCACCGAAAUCAUUGCCGCGUUCUGCUUGAUCUCGGGUGGCUUGGUGUUCAUGCUUAGCACUCGCAACGUGGUCGAAUCUAUGGAAUACUAUGAACUCGAUGCCAUGUUCACCUUUACCGUCAGUAUGGGCUUGACGGCUUUUAUCAUGGCGUGCGAGAUCUUGGUCAUCGCCCUCAAGGCGUGGGCUGUGAACCGGGAGUCUCGUCCCCAGCUUCCUGCUUACCAGUUUCCGGCCUAA